AUGAACACACCCAGUAAGCGAACGAACUCGACGGGUGGUCCCCCGGCGCAACCCGUCGGGGAAGACAACUCGGAAAGGAAAAACAUCGCAGAAGCGAAAAACGACGCGCAAGCCAAUAUCAGAGCAGACACGAGAGAAAGGAGCACACCACCUCACAAAGAGCACCGCCAAUCUGGCAACACGUUUGCAAACAUAACCCUCUGCCUGAUGGGAAUGUCCUCCGUGCUGCUGUACAACUGCGUCUUGAACACUACCCCCCACAUCCACGAACUGCUAAACAGAAACAUCGUGGUGUCAUCUACCUUCUUUUUAUACUUCUCCGUCUUGGUGUCCAUCUCACUAAUCAGUUCUUUAUUUAUCGAAGUGAAGACGAGGACCUAUGACAUAUGUUUUGUCAUUUCGUUUAUCCUCCAGUUAUUGUACCCUCUUGUUGUAAAGUACUACUAUGACCGGACCUUUUUAUUUUAUUUGCUCAUUGGAUUCAUCGGUGCAACCUGCUCUAUGAUGAAGACUAUGAUUUUUUCAAUUGCGACCAUCGUCGUGAAUAGCUCCAAAGUGAUCUGUUUGUCGUACGGUCUGACUGGAAUUUACUCCCUUUUCAUUACGUCUACAUUUUUUUAUUUUUUAAUAAAAAUUGACAAAGACGUACAUAAGCUUAUGCAUUCCAUAUUUGCCACCUGCUUAAUUAAUUGCACUUUUAUCUUCGUCUCCUUCGUUUGCUACUCCCUGUUGAAAAGGAAUGAUGAGUUUAAGCGUAAGUUCAAGAUAUACCAGGAAGAAAGGGAGGGGAAACGCUCGCGGAGUGGAAGAGGUACGCUGUUCGACACGGCGGGGGGAACAACCGGAGGGGCGUCUUUCGUGAUAUCGGUCGAGGGUUCCACUCGCGAAGGUCGCUACAGUGGAAGUGAAGGCGACGAGGACAAGCAGCCCGGAAAGGGAGCUGAGAAGAAAGCUUCGGCAGAUGCGAAGGAUACGAAGGACCGGAUGGACGAGAUGAACCCUAUGGAGGUAACCCCAAAGAGCCGGUUCUUCCAAAAUAUCUCCUCAUACAACGUCAAGCUAAACGAGAUGAUGAAGCAAGCCAGGAUAAAGGCAUUCCUCUACAAGAAGUCCAUCGUUUUCCUGUUUUGCACCUUUUAUAAUAUUUUCCUGAAGAUCGCAGUUUUCCCUGUUGUCUGCCCAGAAAUGUGGACAAAAAAUGUGGAUGAGCGAUACAUACUGAUUGGCAUGGUACAGCUGGCUGACUGUGUCAGUAGGAUUUUCCCAACAUUUGCAGAGACAGUACCAGCUUUUAAAAUGUUUCUUCUGCCACAAAGGAAGGUAUUCAUAUACUCGCUCGCAAGGACGUUUCUAUCCGUCCUAUGUUUGAUAAUCCCCCUGACAGAUGCGGCCCUGUUACAAAAUUUUGUUUUUAAGUGCCUCCUGAUUUUUUCCAACAUUUACCUAAAUGGCUGGUUUGUCGUUUUGUCCUUUAUCAACAUUUCGGAUGUCUUGAAGCCUCUCAACUCGAUGAGCAACGUGGCCAUGGUAAGCAGCUUUGGCUCCUCGCUGCUCCGGGUGGGCUUGCUCACGGGCUACGCUGCCUCGAUCAUCUACAAGCGCUACGUCGCGGGGGGGUGCAGCGGUAAUGCGAUAAAGCUGUAA